CUCCAGACCCCAACAAUGUUAUCAUGACCACUCAGCCACCCGAUCCCAAGACUCUCGAAUCCUGGGACGAUGCUUUCCAAUACCCUCUCCCAGUCGUCCGCAAACUGGAGCAACAGCUCCGCCGAAACAUCGAUGACAACCGCCAAAAGUUGCGCUCCCUCGUGGGAGCCAGCUAUCGCGAUUUACUGGGCACCGCGGAGCGAAUCAUCGAUAUGGACGAACAAAUCCACAAUGUGGAAACGCAAAUGACGGAUAUUGGAAGGAGAUGCAAUACGAGGAAUUUGGAGCUGAUUCGCGCGAACCAGAAGCGUGUGAGGAGGGAGAUGGGGAAGAGUGAGAGUGAGAGGUUACAAAAGGUUGCGCAGACGAAGGUUUUGCAGAAUGCGAUUAAUGUGGCUUUGAGGGUUGUGAGGAAUGGUGGGGAUGCUUUGGUUGCUGCGAAGGUGCUUAUUUUGGCAAGGCUGCUGUGUAAGAGUCUUGCGGAGGGGGAGGAGCCGCCGACUGUGUUGGACAGUUUGCAGAAGAAGCUGGGGAGUGCGAGGAAGAGGCUUUUGGGGUAUAUUGCAAGGGCGCUUUCGAGGAUUGGUCUGGACAGGGAGGUUACGAUUAAUAGGCUGUGUGCGUAUGCUUUGCUGUCGACUUCUGCUCCUCAGGAUGUGCUGCGGUAUUUUCUACAACUGAGGUUUGAGCAGUUGGAGACUAUGGCUGAGGCGGCGACGGAAACGAGUAUAACAGACAUGUUGGCUUUGUACAGCCAGACUUUGUCGGAUACGAAGGACCUCUUUCCACGACGUUUCGCCGAAGCUUUGUCGCAGGUCACGACGAAUGCAUUGGUUCGCGAUCCCGAUGUACGGGCGAUCUACGAGCUGAGUCUGGAUGUCUACGAACGCUGGAUUACGGAGGAUGUGAGGAACUUCCAUCCUUGGGUUCGACACGAUCAACUCCAGGCUUCGAGCGUCAGUGCUGCUAUUUCUUCUUGGGCCAGACAGGGACAAGAAUGCCUAUUGCAAACUCUCCGGACUGCUUUGGUAGAUCAGGAGGACGUUCACAAGGUCCUGCAACUUCGACAGAAGGUGAUCUCGAAGUAUCUCGUGCUCAGCGCGCAACUGCGCCAUGAUAGCCAAGCGCAAGCCCUGAACGAUAUUCGCAAGGCGUUCCUCGACAGGUUGGAAUCGCUCGUCAAGCAGGCGACCACGGUCGAAGACUUUGUGCCCAAUGCCCAAUCGGACGCGUCUGAGUCGAGUCCUGUGAGCAUGUGGGCAGCCGCCACGACCGAAAUGGACCCUAGCAAGGAGGUUAUGCAAUUCCGCAAAGAUGUGCUCAAUAGGCAUCACGGGCGUACUAAACCCAUGCAUGGUUCAAUAGCCGUUCUGGACGAAUGGCUCUUGCGACUGCGCGGUUAUGGUGAGGCCAUUGCCGGGAUGCGUGCAAGCAAGUGGGACGAUGACUUGGAUCUGGACCUGGACGAUCUCAUGGAAGACGAACCACUUCAGGUUAUGCUCAGCACUCGAGACCCUCAAGAAUUGGAACGAAAGCUACACGAAGCCACGAGCACGUCCCUGCAGAAUAUGUUCACGACAAUCGAGAAGUCUUUCGAGUCAGAUUCAGACCCGGCACUGCUCAUCCGACUUCUGCGUGAAGUAGAAGAUCGUCGCCGAGGCCUUGCAGACCUGGUCGAAGAUGUGGAGUCCAUCAAGCCAAGCAAGACUUUUAUUGCUGCCUUACACCAGCGAAUCGCAGCAACAACCAUUGCAGAUCAUGUGGAAAGGUUUGCGACAAAUUUGCGAAAGCCAGACUCCGUUGCCACGACACUAUGGGAUGGAACGCCUCCACUUCCGAUUCAGCCUUCUCCAACAACAUUCCGGCUUCUGAAGAAUGUGCAUGAACACAUGUCGAACCUUGGCAAAGACCUCUGGAGCCCCGCCGCAGUCCAGGCUUUGAAAAAGUGUUUAUCUGAAAGUCUGAGAAACAAGAUCAAUUUUUCCGAGAUCGACCAGACCCUUGGGUCGCCCCUGACUAAUGGGCAUGCCGCUCCAGACCAGUCGGAAGGAGAUGCGAAUUCUGCGGGGAAUGAAGACAAGACGGUGCCGAGGAACAAGUCCAACAAUCGACUCGCACAGCAUUUGUUUGAUGUUCAGUAUUUGCAGCGGGUUCUGUAUACGGACACAGGGGACAAGGAUCUGCUUGACGAAGUUGUAGAAGGGCUUAAAGUUCAGAUACAGUUAGAGUUGGGAGCUCACGAGCGUCUGAAGAAGAGCGCCAAUGAGUAUUGGCGGCGAACGUAUUUGCUGUUUGGGCUGCUCGCCUGCGGUGGAUAGGCGGGUCGAGCGUGUGGAUAGCAAUCAGACAUGAAGUCGCUAGCGUAGGUGACGCAACAAAUACUCGUAGCCCGUCAGCGUCACACGUCAAAUGUCCAUAUACCUUGUACAGAA